AGCAAAUUUAAAUCCGACAUUUAUAUUAUUUAAAAAUCUUUCUUAAAUUUACGUUUUCUCAAAUUUAUUUGAAAGAUGACUUCUUAUACAAACAAAGGACCUAAACUCGAUCUCGGCAAUUACGAAGGAUUUGAUCACAUAAAAUAUUGGGUUGGAAACGCAAAACAGGCUGCGUCAUAUUAUUGUACUAAACUCGGUUUUAAGCAUAUUGGAUAUCAAGGUUUAGAAACGGGAGUACGUGAUGUAGUAUCUCACGUAGUUAGACAGAAUUCGAUAACCUUUGUAUUUCAAUCACCGCUUAAUCCAAACGAUAAAUUAAUGAGUGACCAUCAAAGUCUUCAUGGAGAUGGUGUAAAAGAUGUAGCAUUCACUGUAGAUGAUGCGAGAGGUCUUUGGGAAAAUUGUGUACAACGUGGUGGUAAAUCAAUUAGGGAACCGUGGGAAGAACGCGAUGAAAAUGGAGUAGUUAUUAUGGCCACUAUAGGAACCUAUGGUGAUACCGUACAUACUUUUGUUGAAAGGAAAAAUUAUCAUGGUGAAUUUUUACCAAAUUUUCGCCGCUUAUCGUUUAAAGAUCCUUUAGAGGAAACUUUGCCUCCCGCUAAUUUAGGUCAUAUAGAUCAUGUGGUCGGCAACCAACCCGAUCUUGAAAUGGACCAAAUUUGUGAAAUGUAUGAAAAGGUUUUCAAUUUUCAUCGAUUUUGGUCAGUUGACGAUAAACAAAUUCAUACGGAAUACUCUUCUUUGCGUUCAAUUGUCAUGGCCGAUUACCAUGAAAAGAUUAAAAUGCCAGUAAAUGAACCAGCAAUCGGGCGAAAAAAAUCUCAAAUUCAAGAAUAUGUUGACUAUUACGGCGGUGCAGGAGUUCAACAUAUUGCAUUAAGAACUGAAGAUAUUAUUACAAGUAUAACAAAUCUUCGUGCCCGUGGAUUGGAAUUUAUAACAAUCCCUGAUUCAUAUUAUGAUAACCUUCGUGAACGUUUACAAACUUCUUGUACAAAAAUUCUUGAGGAUAUUGAAAUUUUACAAAAGUUGCACAUUUUAGUUGAUUAUGACGAAGAAGGUUAUUUACUACAGAUAUUCACUAAACCACUUCAAGAUCGACCUACUUUAUUCAUCGAAGUAAUUCAACGUCGUAACCAUCAGGGGUUCGGUGCUGGUAACUUCAAGUCGUUAUUUGAAGCUAUUGAACGUGAUCAAGAAGCCCGUGGAAACUUAUAAUUUGUAAAAUGACUUGUUUUUGCUACAAAAUUUAGAUAAUAGGGUAUAACAUCGUAUUUGAUGUGCAGUUUCAUAUACUGUAACUAGUAUUAUAUUUACAACAAUAAAUUUGUUUCCUUAGAGUGAGUCUUUAGAGUGGACUGUAACAAUAAUUAUUUUUUUUUGAUACUUUUUUUUUAUUUCAUUUCACUAAUAAAUAUCACAU